UCUUAAUGCUCCCACCCACUUCUAGCUCCCGAGCGAGCUGUUCCUCCUCUCUGGGCAGAGAGAGAAAAUGAGUGGGACGCUGUUGCUUUUAGUUGUCAAAGGAUUUAAAAGGCUUUUGCAUUUCAGUGCGGCGUGAAGACUGAGGCAAACACGACUGCAAUAAAGAUAGUUUAUAUAAAGAAAGCUGCUGUUCGACCUGCCGUGGAAGAUAAUUCCGGACUGCUGAAUGAAAAACAGCUUUACACAGUUUCAGCUGUUUUUUUUUUUUUUUUUUGUAAUAUAUAUAUAUCUGUGUAUUUUUUAAAAAUGUUGCUCUUAGUAAAGGAGACCCUCCAUUGACUCUGCUGGCUGAUGACUGUCGGAUGCGUUCUGUUUGCUGCAUGUUUAGAAGAUGGCAACUGCACUUAGUGGACGAAACCCCGGGGGACGUGGGCCAAACCCCCGAAAAGGAAUGAUUUCGGGCUUAUUUGAUGCCAUUCAGGACGCCGUGGGUCCACCAAAACAAGCGGUGGCUGACCGCCGCACCGUAGAAAAGACAUGGAAGCUCAUGGAUAAAGUGGUGAGACUCUGCCAAAACCCCAAGUUGCAGCUGAAAAACAGCCCCCCUUACAUUCUGGAUAUCUUACCAGACACCUACCAGCACCUGCGGCUCAUACUGUGCAAGUAUGAAGAGAAUCAGAGACUGACUCAGUUAAGCGAGAACGAGUACUUUAAAAUAUACAUCGACAGCUUGAUAAAGAAAUCCAAAAGGGCUAUUCGACUCUUUAAAGAGGGCAAGGAGAGGAUGUAUGAGGAGCAGUCACAGGACAGGCGGAAUCUUACUAAGCUGUCGCUCAUCUUCAGUCACAUGCUUGCAGAAAUCAAGGCGAUCUUUCCUGCUGGCCAUUUUCAAGGCGACACGUUCCGCAUCACAAAAGCAGACGCGGCAGAAUUUUGGAAGAGAUUUUUUGGGGAGAAGCCGAUCGUGCCGUGGAAAGUUUUCCGACAGUGCCUUCACGAAGUCCACCCAAUCAGCUCUGGGUUGGAGGCGAUGGCUCUUAAGUCCACUAUCGACCUGACCUGCAAUGACUACAUUUCUGUCUUCGAAUUCGACAUCUUCACCAGACUCUUCCAGCCCUGGGGCUCGAUCUUAAGGAACUGGAACUUCCUGGCUGUGACUCACCCAGGAUACAUGGCGUUCUUAACUUAUGAUGAGGUGAAGGCUCGGCUACACAAAUACAUCAACAAGCCUGGGAGCUAUAUCUUCAGACUGAGCUGUACUCGGCUGGGACAGUGGGCUAUCGGCUACUCCACCAACGAUGGGAACAUCCUCCAGACCAUUCCACACAACAAGCCCCUGUUCCAGGCUUUAAUCGAUGGGUGCAGGGAAGGGUUUUACUUGUACCCCGACGGCCGCAGUUAUAACCCUGAUUUGACUGGACUGUGUGAACCAACACCUCAUGAUCACAUAAAGGUCACACAGGAGCAGUACGAGUUGUACUGUGAGAUGGGCUCCACCUUCCAGCUGUGUAAAAUAUGCGCAGAGAACAACAAGGAUGUGAAGAUCGAGCCCUGCGGACAUCUCAUGUGCACUUCUUGUCUGACAGCGUGGCAGGAAUCAGACGGGCAAGGCUGUCCGUUUUGCCGCUGUGAAAUCAAGGGCACAGAACCGGUCAUUGUGGACCCUUUUGACCCACGAGACGACGGCGCCAAGUUCAGUUUUAUGGACACUUUCUGUUCCCCUAUGCUAGACCUGGACGAUGACGAUGACAAAGAAGAGUCCUUGAUGAUGAACCGGCUCGCUUCAGUCAGAAAGUUGACAGAGAGACAGAAUUCCCCUGUGACAUCACCAAACUCCUCCCCCGUGGCUCCGCGUAGGAAGGCCCCGCCCGAAACGCAGCAGAUCCAGCACCUCAGCCUCCCUCCCGUGCCUCCUCGACUGGACCUCAUCCAGAAAGGGGUGAUCCGCUCGCCCUGCGCCAGCCCCACCAGCUCUCCCAAGACUUCUCCGUUUAUGGCGAGGAAACAGGACAAGCCUCUCCCGGCGCCCCCACCUCCGCUGAGAGACCCCCCUCCUCCACCCCCGCCCGAGAGACCCCCCCCUAUCCCGCCAGAUGGACGGCCCGCUUGGCUCCCCCAAAUCCCUGCCAGCCUGCCCACCAGGGAGCCGCACGUGCCCCCCGAGGCCUGGUGCCCUCGAGACAGCAUGGGCCCGGUGCUGCACACAGACAGCCGACUCGCCGCAGACCGAUCACCCAAGCUGGGGCACACCGCACCCUCCCACCUUAACGGCAGAGCCGGCAACUUAACAGCUGACCAGGGAUUCGGCCGGCAGAUCCAGAGGCUCCUCGAGCUACCUCCAGACGGUGUCAAGCCUCUUUUCUCGAAUGGUCACCUUGGUAAUGAUGCAUAUGACGUCCCUCCGCCUCGACACUCGCCCCCUCCGCCUGCUGCCUGCAUCCAGCCCCUCAGCCACAAGUACCCCAAUCAUUUUACAAACCCCUGUACAGAAAAACCCAGAGGGCGGCUGGAAACCAGUGAAGACGAGUAUCAGAUCCCUUCAUCGCAUCCUGUUUCUCUCCCCUCGCAACCCUCUUCGUGCAUUACUGUCAGAAUCCCAAACAGGGUGCUUGAGAAUGAACAGAGCGCUAAUGGAACAUCUGACAACUCAUCAGAGGGAAAGAAGCACAAAUCUGUAGAGCUCGGUGAUCUUUUUGUCUUGUCUGCAGGCUCCAUUCCUACUAGACCUGCAAUGAGAGACAAGCAGAAGGCCGGCCCCUCUCUGAACAGGACCCCGUCAGACUACGACAUCCUGGUGCCUCCCUCAGGGGAGGAUCCGUUCGACAGCCCUCCUCCGUCGCUGCCCCCUCCACCCCCGCCAACCCGGCACAGCCUCACCGAGUACUCCUCUCCCAAACCCAGCGGCUCGGCCAGCCGGCCCUCCUCCAGUCAUGACCCCUUCCACCUCACCAACGAUAACUUCUUUGACAUGCUUGGCGGUCCUGUUCCCCAGCCCCCUGUGAGAAGGUCAACCGGAGACAACAUGAAACCUCCUCAUCGAAUAACACAGGAGUACGACCAGCUCCCACCAGCAGUCCCUGUAGACAGCGCCCAUGCACCAGCACGACCUCCCAAACCACUGCCCCGCAGGACCACACCCGAGCCACAUCACAGGAAGGCAUACAGCAACAAGACCGGCGAGGAAAACGUUGACGCCAAAAUCGCCAAACUGAUGGGGGAGGGCUACUCCUUCGAGGACGUGAAAAGGGCUCUGAUGAUCGCUCAGAAUAAAGUGGACGUGGCUCGGAACAUUUUGCGAGAGUUUGCCUGCUUUCCUGCAAUGUCUCCAAGACUGCAAAACCUGUAACGAUAAAAAAAAAAAACAGGCCGUGUACA